UAGAUAUUCCUCGGGUUUAUUGGAACAGUUUGGUGUAUCUCUGUGUUUAAGACGUUUCCAAACAAGACAAAAGUGUGCAUGUGUUUUUUGUUUUAAACCCACUAAUGGAACAGGUUUGAGUCAUAAUCGCUUGGCUAAUAAUCUAGAGAUUUAUAUUUUACUACUACAUUUAUGUGUUUCUCUUCCGGGCGAUGUUGCAUAUAACAAAUAUAAUGUAUGACGCUUAUAGAAACGCAAAAGUGCUUAUCGAAGAGCGUUCUUCCAGUUGCGCGUCACAACUUUCUUGUGAGCGACGAUAAUAUAUUAUUCUUCACCUAACAAGCUUUAAUAAAGAGCGUGGGUAGCACGAGAAUUCAUAAUCUUGAAAGUCCUUACAAGAUCAAAAUUCAGUCCCAUCUGAGGCAAAGGUAGAAUGACGUUAUUUGAAAAUUUGCCCAACAUCCUUAAUGAAUAACUUAACGAGAGGAGAAUCAAGUGUGCGUCCAGCUGUUUCCUGUUGAAAACGUCAAUGUAAUGUGGAUAAAUGCUGGGGAUUUUCUUCGUGAAUCCGUUUCCAGCUGCCCAAACCUCACUUCACCGAAACGAUGCUGCGCUAUGGAGCAUAGACGGAAUAUUGAGGUGUGAAUCUCAGCAUCUUCUGCGCGGGAUUUUUAAUGCCUUGAAAUAAAUUCAUAUUUCUUGGGGUUUGACAGAAGGAUACCCGUGGGGAUGUCUAACGGUUAUAUCUUUCAGUGGUUAUGCCAUGUCUUCAAGUGUAAGAUGGGCUGCUGCUGGUAUAGCCACACCCUCUCCCUGGUAUUCUGCAUCCUUACCCUGUCCCCGGUGGUGAAGGCGGGACCUGAGACCCUCUGUGGGGCGGAGCUGGUGGACACUCUGCAGUUUGUGUGCGGCGACAGAGGUUUCUAUGUCAGUAGGAGCCCAGGCUACGGCUCGACCUCCCGCCGGUCGCACGGCCGCGGCGGCAUCGUGGAUGAGUGCUGCUUCCAGAGCUGCGAGCUGCGGCGGCUGGAGAUGUACUGCGCUCCCGCCAAGCCGGGCAAGGCCGCGCGCUCCGUCCGCGCCCAGCGGCACGCCCACGCGCCCAAGGGCCCCAAGAAACACAUUUCCUGUAGCAGUUCUCCGUCGUGUAAGGAGGCGCACCAGAAGAACUCCAGCCGGGGAAACGCGGGCAGCAGGAACUAUCGGAUAUAAGGGAGAGCAACGAGAGACGCACAGUCAGACAACGAGGACGGACAGGUGGACUUAGGAAGGGGGUGUGGCCUCAGCUGGUUCUGUUGUUGAGCUGCUGGCUGGUGGGAGAAGACUCGAAUUGAGAGAGAUGAUUUAAACCCUGCAACAGGGCGAGAGGGAAUUUUCUGGGGAUUUUACACAACACUGUAUCGUACAAACUGGGAAACAACUAGGGGCCCUUAACCGUGUGUGCCCCAGGCUGUACCUGUCCAAAAUGCCAAACUAGUGUUGCUGCUGAAACAUGAGAUAUCGGGUGUAUUUGUGACCUCCCUGUGGAGAUAUAGCACCCCCCCCCGCCCACCCCCCCACCCCCCAAUGUGGCACAGAGCUUCCUGUGUGACCCUGUUGCAGUCGUCUCGCCUGACGAGAUGAAUUUAGCUUGAAGGCGAAAGUGAUGCACAGUACAUAUCUAAUGCUUGCAUCUGCAUCAAAUGGCCAAGUUGUACCCUGACUGAGUGCAGCAUUGGUCAGCUUGCACUAUAUUAAGCAAGCAAAAUUCACCCUGUUUUUUUUUUUUUUGUUUGUUUGGUUUUUUUUGUACAAUUACCCAUCAUUCCUCAUGAAAAUUCUUAUGGUUCCCAGUCAUAAUUCCAUGUGGAAUUCUCCUUCUCCUUCUCAAUGGAAAUGCUUCCCAAUGGUUUCUGAUUAAAAAUUAGGACUGUGUUUGGAGGGACAUAGAUUACUACAGAUGAUUCAUAGAAUAGCUAAGCAUCCCCCCCCCCCCCACCAAAGCUCAAUGGCAGUAUAGCUAUCACUGCUCUAAUGGCAGAAUAGAGGUUGGCUGAACCAAUAAUAACGAUGCUGUUAGAGAGGUGUGAACCAAGUGAACAUUCUGUAUUGUGCGUGUGCUUCAGACGUUUUCCAUUCAUAAAAUAAUGAAGGUGCUCCAUUUUGUGCUAGUUAGGCAACACGGCAUAAUGCUUGCACGGAUGGUGGCCCGCAGGACCUGGAGUCGAUUAGCCCUGCUAUACACCAUAUACUGCCGGCCAGCUGCAUGUGGUGUACAGGUCACAAGUGUUCAUAUGCUGUAGCUAUCUGUAAUCCCAUUGGCCAAGUGAUGUUAUCGAUGUUUGCGUGGAGCAUGCCUCCGGGUUUGGUUGAGAGGGCAGACAGACUACUGACAUGCACUGUCCAGUUGUGCCUAGCAAGCUCUGUGAGCCAAUAUAUAAACACUGACCUGCCUGCCAGAUAGACUUUCUGGACUGUUUGUUUACUGCGUGAGUGAGAAACCCCUUUUUUUAAACCAUAUUUGUACAUUCCUAUUUUCCAAGAAUGUAUUGUUCGCUCAUUAACAAUCAACAAUUGCAAAAGGGGGGAAUUAAGUGAACAAACCUUUUUUAAAAAAGCGUUUUUCAAAAGCUUAAAGAGCCUUUGUGUGCGUUUACGCAGGGUUUAUAACCUCGGUUAGAAUGUUAGCAGGAUAUCACAGGAAACUGGAAAGAACAGUCUGUGUUUUUGGGUGCUCAGCUCUGGGGAGAGGGCACACAGUGUCUCCUGGGGACUCCAGGGGGUCCGACCUGAAGACAGAUAUCAGCGUGGAGCCGUGGUAAUGACUGUAACCAGAUCCCAGGGUUCCUGGGAAUAGCCACCCAGAGACAGAUGGGUAAUGAUUAAUUCAGUUUGGCCUGGCCUGUUCUGUUCUGUUAGCAUUGGGAGGAACCUUUGCUUUUUUGGACCGCACGAUUUUUCAUCAGGAAAAUGAGAGGGGGGGGGGGGGAGGGGAUAAAGAGAAAUGCUGUUAAAUUGCACGGCAAAAGGUCUGCACGUACACACACCGCCCAGAACACGGUGUUCACCUCAAACAAACACAUAAGCGCUGCACGCGCUCCAGAAGCCAGGGCGCGCAGACCCACGUUCGGCUGUGUAGAGCGCGCGCGCGCCGUGUGCGGGUUCAUACAUUGCGAGAUAAUCCCUGUUCUGAGAAUUGCCGCGGUCGCGUCGGUCCGCCCCGGUUUCAGAAUGUUUGUCCUGGUUUUGCUCAAUCUCCAAUACCGGGAAGCACGUGAAGCCAAGGCGACCUGGAGAACCCACCGUGAGGCUAUAUAAAAUAGCACGCGAUCACGAAUCGCUGUGUAAACAUCGCAUCGUCCCCGUCUGUAUCUCGUCACUGUCGCUUCACGUCACAUUCCUCGUCGAUAACAUCAUCGUUACGUCAUCACAUCACGUUGCGCCGCACUAUCCACACCUCGACUGUAUAUAACCCAACUAGUGUACUCCGACGGAAUUUAUUUUAUCAUGCAUUGUUCUACUGUCAUUCAUUAUAUGUGAUAGUAUCAUAUAGCAAAAAAUCAUGUGCAGAAAUUUUACCCCGUAUAAUGGUGCUAUAUAGUGUGUUAUAUGCAAGGGCUGGCUAAAGUUCUGAAAAAAUGAGAUGCUGGAUGCUUUUGCACAGAUUUGUGGCUGUGACUGUUAAUAGUUUUUAAAAAAUUUUUUUUCUUAUUUGUAAACUAUUUCAAUCAGCUAUUUGUGAGUCAGCAGAUGUUUCAAAUCUGAAUCGAUUUUUUGGAAUCACAUCUGAUGUGGUCCCACAAAGGUUCAUUGUUUUUCAGUUUUUUCUACUGUUUGUAAUGUAAAUUAUUAUAAUUAUCAUUGUUAGGCCUAUUAUUAUUAUUAUUCAAGUUUUUGAUCCCUAUGCCAAAUGACUUGACAAACGAGAACUGUGAAGUUUUAUUUCCCAUUAUUAUUUAGAUAUUCAAAGUCCUUGUGCACUUUUGUCUAUACCUGCAACACAUUUACUGCAUGAAUCAGAAAUCCCAAGUUUUGACUUAAUUGUACAUAAUGUGCACAUGCACAAUGUCGCAUGUUCUGCUACAUCUGUUUGCCAUGAAAGGCUUGGCUGGCUGGACUCUACUCACCAGUCACCCCUGCCAACGAAAGAACAAUAAAGACUCGCUUUCCGAAAUCGUUUCCCAUGAUCCCAGCACGUUGUUCUGCAAAGUGCCAGCAAAGCACUGUAAAAUGACCUGUUAUUCAUUACAUCACAGUAUUCAAGAUCAGUGCUGGGUAAGGAGCUGGUCUUGUGACCGAAAGGUCAUAGGUUCUAUUCCCAGGUAGGACACUGCCGUUGUACCCGUGAGCAACUUAACUGCCAUUGCUUCAGUAUAUAUCCAGCUGUAUAAAUGGAUGUUAUGUAAAUGCUAUGUAACAAGUUGUGUAAGUCGCUCUGGAUAAGAGCAUCUGCUAAAUGCCUGUAAUGUAAUAUAAUGUAAUGUCUAUUUACAAGUGCUUUGUGAUCAAUCAGAUUAUUACUACUGUCAAAGUCAUUGAUCAUUUUAAUGAAAGUUUUUGAAAUGUUUGUGCGUGUGUGUGUGUGUGUAUGAGAGAGAGAGAAAGAGAGGUGGGAGGGAGGGAGAGGGGACGGAAAGAAAAGACAGGAAGGAACGCUUAAGUGCCCAGUCAAUGGUCAUUAAUAAAUCGAUGCUGCAACUAAAACCAGAGAGGUGGAGAAAAAAAAUUGGAUGCGGCUCUAUCUUUCCCUACUGAGCAUGCUCACUGAGGCCUUUCAGUGUGAGGGAGUGAACUGUGGCGUUCAGAGGAGCUGUCACAAGCUUUCGCGUCGGUCUGAUAUGUCCUCCCCCUUUCUUCGCCCAUUCACAUCCUGCCUGAGUGAUUGGAUCCAAGUCAAAUCCAUUAUCGUUUGAGCCUCACCCUGGCCCCUGGGGUACGCCACUGUUAAAAAGCAAUGUGAGUAGGUGACUGGAAAAAAAUUUCACGGUGUUCAGCCAACAGUAACAGAACUGUAUUUUAUCAACUGGUGUUUCUCUUCAGAGCUGGGCAGUGCACCACAUACAGGAAGUUCAGUAUCGUUGCUCUCUUGUGCUGACACAUGCUACCGUCUGAUUCAGAGGCCUGCUCAAUACUUUAUCACUGUGGGAAACUACCGUUGUUACACAUAGCACUGUCUUCCUGCGAGAUGUCAGGAUGUUAAGAUUUUUAACACGAGUCUGUUCGGUUAUGCAGAUUGAGCAGAUCUUUUAUAAAUGUAAAACAGUUUACAAUGGUUUUUGAAGUAGGGGUGCAGUGGAUUUUUGGAGAAACGAUCCUCUGCGGGUCCUCUGCCUGGGACAGUUCUGCUGUUUUCUGAGAUCAGGUCAUAUGAGGACACACUCGGUUCCUGGACCUGGCUAGGAAAUGGAUGCUCUGGGCUUUUGCUGAUUGGGUGCACCGUUGUCUUUAUAACGACCUUGUGGUCUUCCUUAGUGCUCUCCGCUUUCACAGUUUUUUUUUCUCUCUCCAUGGUUUGUUAGAGAGCUAAGGAGAAGCUGGAAGAUCCUUUUUUUUUUUUUAUUACUACUGAAUGUUUGCUUUCGCUGACUGGCCCGAAACACAUAGCAGCUAGGAAUCUAUUCCCACAGGCUGUGCUCUGUCCACACGAAGAGCUCAGUGCGCAUCAUUGAAGGAACAGUACAGUAGAAGGAUGGAUUCCUGACCAUUAUAUCUCGCUGUUCAAGCUGCUAAAGCUUGGAGACUGACUGUGUUGUAAUACCGCUGGCUUUGCCACGUUGGGCUUCCAUUAGCUCUGUUUUUGGUCAGAGCUGCCAGAAUGGUGGUGACAUGGGUAGAAUACGAGGGGCUGAACUUUUUUUGGGGGGGGGGGGGCAUGGGGUAACACAGGGAUCAGCAUGCCUCUCAGCAUGAUCAUAUCCCUCUCUAUGUCUCUCUCUCUCUCUCUAUCUCUCUUUUGUCCUCUUUCUCAUCUCUGUUUCCCCCCUCUCUGUUUCCUCUCUCCCUGCCCCUCCCUCCUCCCCCCCGUAGUGGAAAUUCACAGAGUGCUGAUUGUGACGGGAGAUCAUGCUGUCUCGGCUGGGGGCUUCGGGGGCCUAUGAUGUCAGUGCCAUGUUUUCCUUGGAGAGAGUCUCUCUCUCUUUCUCUUCGGCUGCAUUGUUCCUGGAAACUGUGGUCUGCUCUCUCCAGGCAACCGAAGGAAGCCUGCCGUCCCAGCCCCCAACCCCCACGGGCUCGGCCAAUCAGAGGGAAGCGCUCUUGUGACGCGUCGUACCCUCAGGAACUGUCUCUCGAGGAAGGAGGUGAGCUGUUGUCUGGCUCCUGUCGCCUGAGGGGAAGAGCGGUCUCAACAGAGUCCUCUCCUUUUCAGAGGUGCCAACAAGGGAAAGAGAUGAAAAUGAUUUUGGUCCCUGUUUGUAGAGUAGUUAUUAUAGGGAUGUUCUUUAAACAGGACCAUACACGCAUAGCACCAACAUUGCGUUUCUGAGUAGCCUACUAAACAGGGAGGCUAUGGACGCUCAUCACUGGAUAAAGUAAAUUAUGGACAAGGGUCAGUCCUGCAGAGUGUAAGGGCAGUUUGUAUUGCAGGAUAGUCACUGCUCAUAAGCAAAGUGUCAGUACUACAGAGGACUAGUAACUAGUGAAAAAGGACUCUCUGCGCCGGGGUUUUCAACCCUUGCCCUCAGCAUCCCCAUGAAUGCAGGUUUUCAGCCUAAACUUAAUUACAAUUGCUGAACCCUAAAGAGCUGCUAAUUGUUUUUGCUUAGAUGUCUAAUGAGGGAUGCUUUACCCUCUGAAUCCCAUAUUAUGUGAGAAACAGAUAGUAAAGAAUGAAUAUUGUCUGUAAAUUUAAGGACUUUUAAUUUUUUAAAAAUGAGUCCUUAGAGAACUACGCUUUCAUUUUUGCUGUGAGCUGUGACCGAUCAUUCCCUUUGAAAGGGUGCGUUUUGUACUGAUUAAAUUAAGAAAUCAGUAAGGCUUGUGAAAUGCUGAAGGGGUAGACACCUGGUCAUUAAAACUAAACCACUUGCGAGACAUGCAGAGUUGGAAGAGAAAACAAAUGAAACAACUCUGUUUCAGCAGAGAAGUGUGAAACGCAAACACAUGUUUUCAAUAUCCUUAAUUAACCAAUUAAGGGCGUUGAAGCCAGUCUCUGGUUUCCAGCCAUUGGCAGUAAUGAAAGUCAGCAUUUUUGUUCAGAGAACAAGGGAGAGAAACGUGGACGUGUUGCAGUUUAUCUUGCACUAACAGACACAGAAUGUUUGGAAGUGAUAGGGGG